AUGCGCUUCACCGGUGGUCCAGGUCGGCGACGUCUGCUUCUAGGCGAUUUUGAGGUCGCCGAUGAGGCGUCAGGAGCUGCUCGCGAGCGUAUUCAACGUUCGGAGGGGGCCCAUUUGAGGCCGGCCAGCCCGCCGCCCGGGAAGAUGGAUGGAAGGGAUGAGUCGGAAGGAGGCGUGGAUGGCGUCAAGGUUUUGGGUUAG